AUGUCACAGUUUCCCGAACAUGUAGAUGCUAUUCAAAGGGAAUUAUCCCAAUUGCAUCAACAAAUUCAGCAGAAUAAGGAAAGAAUCGAACAAAUGAAAUCAGAAAAUGCAGUACAAAGUAAACAAGUGCAGUCUAUGAUCGAGCAGCAUCAAAAUGGAACUAGGGAUUGUGGUUCUGCUCAAAAACAUCAAGAAAAGUUGAUGGCAUUCCAAGCUCAAUACCUUCCCAUGGUUUCGCCAGAAAUUCAAAUGUUAAUGACCUCAGAAAUAGAAAAAGCUAAGCAGCAGCUCCAAGUUGAGUUCCAAGCUUCGGUUAUGAAUGGUAUGAUGGGUGGUGUUCACAUGCCCGCCGCCGCCAUGAUGAUGGCCCAAGCUGCUCAAGCUCAAGCUGUUCAAGCCGCAGCUCAAGCUCAACACGUUGCUGCUGCUCAGUCUCAAGCUAGAACAAAUAUGAUGGGAGUAUCUCCCAGAAUGGCCAAACCUAAUGGUAUGCCAAAUGGCAUGUCUGCUAUGCAAAGUAUGAACGGUAUGGCAGCUAUGGCUAUGCAAAAUCAAAUGAUGGCCCAUAUGCCUCCAUCUAUGGCUCAGCAGUUACAAGCUAUGGCAGCGUUCUCCGGUAUGGGUAUGGGGAUGCCACCAAUGCCCGGUUUCUCUCCAGCUCAGAUGGCAGCAUUACAGGGAAUGAAUGGCAUGCCUCAUCAUAUGAUGCCGCCAAUGAGCGCAUCUAAUCAAGCUGCAGCGGCAGCGAUGGCUCAAGCAGCAGCAAUGGCUCCACAUAUGAAUCUGUCGGUAUCGACACCUUCCCGGAAUCAUUCUUCAGGACCUCUAUCAGGAACACGAACGCCUCAGUCAAUGAAUUCUCCUCGUCCAACUCAUACUCAGCCGAAGACUGAGAGUCAGCCGCUACAGGUUAUACCCUCUAAUAUUUGUGUUUCGGUGAAGGAGGAACAUAAAGAAAGAUCUCCUACAGAAGAUAAAAAGCAAAUAUCACCGGCUUCGGAUGAUACAGUUGCUGUUUCCUAG